AUGGGACAUACAGAACCUGUGCAGAAUGCAACCCAGUUACUGGGACGAGGCACCAGACAUGGCACGGGAAGACCUGGGUUUGAGUCCUGGCUCUGCUGCUUGCCGGCGAGGCUAUCAGAGGCUUCAAGAGUAUCCCGGACCACCACCCACGAGCUGUUCCUGAGGGCUUUGGAGACUCUACUGGAUUUAGGUAUGGAGGGAAGGUUACAACAUGAAAUUUCAUUUCCUGCUCCUACAUUAAUGGUGGUAAAUAAGGCUAAGCAGCCCUGUGCUGAACAAGACAAGCUGGGUCAAGCCUUUGAAGAUGCUUUUGAGGUCCUGAGGCAACAGUCAACUGGAGAUCUUCCGUGCUCCCCAGAUUACAAAAAUUACCUGGCGUUCAUUAAUCACUGCUCUCACGUCAGAGGGAAUUCCAACUGCUACGGCGUGCUACCUACAGAGGAGCCUGUCUAUAAUUGGAGAACAGUAAUAAACAGUGCUGCGGACCUCUAUUUUGAAGGAAAUACUCAUCAAUCUCUGCCAAACAUCCCCGAAAACCAGCUGGUACAACCUGCCGUUCUGCAUCAAAAGGGAGGAAAAGGCAGAAAGAAGCUCCGACUGUUCGAAUACCUUCAUGAAUCCCUAUGUAAUCCUGAGAUGGCAUCUUGUAUUCAGUGGGUGGAUAAAACCAAAGGCAUCUUUCAGUUUAUAUCAAAAAACAAAGAAAAACUUGCCCAACUUUGGGGGAAAAGAAAAGGCAACCGGAAGACCAUGACUUAUCAGAAAAUGGCCAGAGCGCUGAGGAAUUAUGGAAGAACUGGAGAAAUCACCAAAAUCCGGAGAAAACUAACUUACCAGUUCAGUGAAGCUAUUCUCCAAAGACUCUCUCCAUCUUAUUUCUUAGAAAAAGAGAUUUUCUACUCACCAUAUGUUCAGCCAGAGCAAGGCUUUCUCAGCUUCAGUAAUUGGAAUGCAAAUUAUAAUUGUACAUAUGCCGAUUACCAUGAGCUAAGCCACCCUGACUGCUAAAUAUUCUCUUACAUUUCAUGAUUUCCUGACGUCAGAAAUUCCUAUCACUCUCAGGAUAAAGCAAACACU